GUUGCCGUGGCAAUAGUGGUUUAGCCAACGUUAACUAGCUGUCAGUGUAGUUACCGAUUUGUUUCGUUCAAGCCGACAAAACACGUUUUACUCCGCCUGUUUUAGUGCUGUGAUGUGCUUACGGUUUAUUCAUGUCGAAGGAUGAUAGAAUCAGGUUGUCACAGCACAUUGGAAAACGCAGAGGAGAGAGAAAUGAACGUCGACGACCUGAGGAAAGACCUUUUCUCAGAGUUUCACUCACAGGAGUCGUGCCGAGGGGAGAACGAGCACUUGCAGGUGUACCUCCGCAUUCGACCGUUCGCAUCAACUGAAAGAGAAAAUGGCGAAUCGCAGGACUGCGUUGCCAUUGAGCCCCCAGACAAGGUGCUCCUCAAGGCUCCAAGGACUUCCCUCUCAGCAAGGCUUAGUGACAAAUCAGUCCCUCAGACAGCUCAACGGUUCCAGUUCUCACAGGUGUUGGGGCCAGAAACUUCUCAGAAGGAGAUGUUUGAUGGCACAGUGAGAAGUCUGGUCAAGGAUGUUUUGGAAGGUGGAAAUUCUCUGGUUUUCACAUAUGGCGUCACAAAUGCCGGAAAGACAUUCACAUUUCUAGGUCCAGAGACCAAUGCAGGGAUCCUCCCAAGGUCUUUGAAUGUCAUCUUCAACAGCAUUGAGGGCCGUGUUUACAACCAGAUGACUAUCAAGCCACAGCGAUGCAGAGAGUUCAUCAGGCUCACUAAAGACCAGCAGAGUGAAGAGGCCACUAACAAGAGACAUCUCUUCAGGCUUCUCAAGGAGAGUGAUAACCUGAAAAGCUCCACCAGCCAGACAAGCAAGACAAUCCUGCAAGGGUCCACACUAAGUGACAUUGAGAGGACUGUGACUGAAGACGCUUUCAGUCUGGUUGUUGACGCACACACCAAGUUCUCCGUCUGGGUGUCUUUCUGUGAAAUCUACAACGAGAAUAUUCACGACUUGCUGGAGCCCGUACCGAUCGGGUCCCUGAAGAGAUCCACGCUGCGGCUAUCACAGGAUGUCAAAGGCAACUCCUUUGUAAAAGAUCUGAAGUGGAUACAAGUGAACAAUGCGGAGGAAGCCUACAAGGUGAUGAAGCUAGGGAAGAAGAACCAGAGCUUUGCCAGCACAAAGCUCAACCUCCUCUCAAGCAGGAGCCACAGCAUAUUUUCUGUUCGUAUCCUGCGGAUUGAAGAUGCUCGGAUUCCUCGCGUUAACUCUGUCAGCGAGUUGUCCCUGUGUGACCUGGCUGGGUCUGAGCGGUGUGCUAAAACGCAGAAUAAAGGGGAGCGUUUGAAAGAGGCAGGGAACAUCAACACAUCGCUGAUGACGCUGGGCAAGUGUAUCAACGCCUUACGUCAAAGCCAGCAAUCCAAGCUACCACAGCACAUCCCUUUCAGGGAGAGCAAACUCACCCACUACCUGCAGGGCUUCUUCUGUGGGUGGGGCAAAGCCUGCAUGGUAGUCAACAUCAACCAGUGUGCCUCCAUGUACGACGAGACGAUCAACGUGCUCAAGUUCUCCGCCGUGGCUCAGAAGGUGGUGGUGCUGACAUCCAAGACCGUCCCCCAUCUCGCCACCAAGACUUCGGCCCGGGAACUGUCCAUGAUCGUCGACCACGCAGACAGGAAGAAUAUGUUGGGUCGGCGGAGAAGGAGCUCCCUGGUUGGCUGGGAGACCAGUCUGGAGGAUGUGCAGGAGGAUGUUGAUGACAUGGAAGAGGAGAGCUCGGCAGAGGACAGCGUGAUUGAGGAGACCAUGCAAGAAGUGGACGAUGACAAGUUUCUCAUCGAUAAAGAUGCUUAUGAGAGCCAACUCCUCCAGUUGAAGGAGCUCCGGAAACAGCUCCAGAAAGAGAGGUCUGAAAACCUGGUUCUGGAAUCCCGGAUCCGUGACGAGGUCACAAAGGACUUCUCGGAGCUCUUCUCUGAAAUGCAGACCGACUACAAGGAACGUCUGGCCAAAGAGAAGGAGAUUGUCGAGGAGAGAGCGGAGAGGCGUCUAGAGAUCCUGAAGAAUCUAGUGAACAAGAACACCAGUCAAGAGGAGCUGGAAAGAACCGAUGAAGAACUGGACAGAGCAGAACGAGCCACGAAGGACAGCUCGUCGUUGGGAGGCAUGUUUGACUCCAUGUGCAGUGACCUGGCAGGCAUAAAGAUGGCGGCUGAGACGUGCAAGACAUGUCUGGUGGUCGCCCACCCAAGUAGUGACACCGUCUCCAACCUCUCAGAGCAGCUGCCUGUCAAAACCAAUGAACUGGAAAAUUAUUGCAGACGAGCACCGCAAUCAAACGAACAGCUUGACGAGGCUAGAAAGACUCUGGAGUCUCAGGAGCUGAAGUUCUCCGACCUCGUGGAGGUGUGUCAUGAGAAGGAUGAGAUGAUCUCCUCGCUUCGGAACACUGUGGACCAGCAGUUCAAAGACACUAUCAAGGAUAAGACUACAUUCGACAGCAUCAGGGAUGAGCUCCGGCGUCUGAAGAGCAGCUGCACUUGCUCCGGAGGGGAGAAACGCAGCUCUCGCACAGAGAGCCGUAAACGGCUGGUGGACCUCCAGCCGGACCUGGAGGAACAGCCCCCUAGCAAGAAAGGAUUCCAUGGGGAGGGUAGUGGAGAGGAAGAGGAGAAGAUGGACAGAUUGCGCUGGGCGCAGGAAGUGAAAUCCUCAGAAGUGGCGCGACUAGUAGACACACUGCAGCUUGAUCAGGUAGCACACGGAGAGGGUGACUGGAAAGUGCAGGAGAAGAAUAUCUCCUGUAUGGAGGAACAUGAGCUGAAAGCUGAGCUGGAGGCGCAGACGCGUGCUCACGAGGAGGCCCUGUCCGCGGUGGUGGAGAAUGCCAGGCUACUCCAGGAACAGGGAGUCUUGCAGCGGGAGAUGAGCAUACUCCGAGGGGAAUCCCAGGAUCUAACUGGGAAGCUGCAGGCCAUGGAGAGGGAGGUCAGUCUGCAGACUGCCAGAGCAGAAAAAGCUGCCGAGGACCGACAGGCCACGCAUGACCACGAGCUCAGAGAGAGAACUGCCCUUAUUGACUCCCUGAAACAGGAAGUGGCACGCCUAGGGCAGGAAGUUGUGGCCUCUCAAGCUGCGUCGGGAGUACAAAGGGACAGCAGGCUUCUCAGAGACAAGAUGGCGGAACUGAAGAGGGAAUGCUCAGAGGCCCUGGAGGAGAGGCUCCUGCUGAAAGAGAAACUGGCCCAACAGCAGAUCUCAGAACAGGAGUUGGGGGAACUGAAAGAGAAACUGGCCCAACAGCAGAUCUCAGAACAGGAGCUGAAAGAGAAACUGGCCCAACAGCAGAUCAUAGAACAGGAGCUGAAAGAGAAACUGGCCCAACAGCAGAUCAUAGACCAGGAGUUGGGGGAACUGAAGGAGAAACUGGCCCAACAGCAGAAAGAGAAACUGGCCCAACAGGAACUGACCUUGGAGCAGCUUAAGGCGGAAAUGGAGGCUAAAGAAGAGGCCCACGUUGACAGCAAAAACUCUGUAGCUGAGGGGCUGAGGAAACUAAACUCUGAACUGGAGGUUGAGGUUGUGACCUUGAAGGGAAAGAUGGCCUAUCUGGAGGAAGAGGAGCGCACCCGCCAAACAGAGAGGGAGGUGGCUGUAACCGUGUCCCAAACGGAGAGAGUGACAGAGUUGGAGAAGAUGCUGUUCGACAAGGAGGCGGAGGUGUCGGGCCUGCAGAGGAGCCUGAGGGAGGCGCAGGAGAGGUGGGAGGAUGAGGAGACCGCUGCGGUGCAGGAGGCUCGUAGGAGGGAGGUGGAGAGAAGGAGGGAGCUGCUGGCCGUGGCUGAAGAGGCCAUCACUCAGAAGGAUGCUGAGCUGAUGAAGAGAGCCCAGGACAUCACCAGAUUGAAGGAGACCAUUAAACUUGACUCGGACAAAGUGAAGAGUUUGAGCCUGGACCUUGAGAGGAAAGACGAUGAAGUUUCUGAUCUCAAAGAGAAGCUGUCCGACUCUAAAAAACAGAUACAGCAAGUUCAAAAGGAGAUCAUCUUGGAGAAAUCUCUCAAACUGAAACUGCUGGACUUGGAGAAAGUGAGGAAACAGCAGCAGGCAGACUUGGCCAACAAAGACCGGACCAUACAACAACUGAAAUCUGAACGUUCUGCUGACUCGAAGUCUGAGGAGAACCUAAAGCUGUAUCAGAACGCCUGCAAAGACCUUCAGGCUAAGGAGCGUUUGAUUGAGGACAUGCGUCUGGCUCUGACUGAGCAGGAGGACACUCAGACCCAACAGGAGCAGGUGCUGGAGGCUAAACUGGAAGAGAUCGACGCCCUCACAGAAGAGGUGGAGAAAGUGAAAGGUCUGUUACGCUACCAGGACAAUAGAAAAGACACUGCGGCCCUGAGAGACGGCCAAUCGGACGAAGCCAAAUUGGCCAAACAGGAAGCCGUUCAGGCUCAAGUGACCUUGAAGCUGUGCACUGAGAAGCACCAGGCUGACAGGAGGAAGUGGCUUGAGGAGAAGAUGGUUCUGAUCCGGCAGGCCAAGGAGGCCGAGGACAAGAGGAACCAGGAGAUGAGGAAGUUCGCAGACGGCCGUGAGCGACACGCCAAACAGCAAACCCAAGUGGAAGAUCUGGUGGCCCAGCUCGGUGAGAAGGAGCAGGACCUAGUGAAGUGGAGGAAAGAGAGGGACUCCCUGGUGACCGCUCUGGAGGUCCAGCUAACCAAACUCGUCUCCAACAUCGCAGACAAGGACGAACAGAUAGCCAGUCUCCGCUGCAACGCCACCUCUCGGCCAGCAGAGAGGCACCAUGGCCAGGUGGAGGUUGAGGAGCUGCAGAGCCUUCUGUCUGAGCGAGACGCUGAGAUCCUUAAGCUGAAGGAACAACUGAUGGCUGUAGCCAAAGCAAGUGGCAACGUCUCAUCCGCGCCUCCAACUAAGCUCAGAGAGACCGCCACUCUGACUAAAGCAGAGGAGUGCCCUCCCAAAGUCAGUGAGAGAACUCUCCACGACGACAACAGUGAACUAGUACAUGGAGUGAAGACUGAGAAGAGGACCAGUCAGGGGUCUGGGGGCUACCCGUCGGUGCUAGACUCCUCAGAGAUCAUAACGGAGGGAGGCAGGACCAGACGCUUCCCCAAGCCUGAGCUCGAGAUCUCCUUCAGCCCGCUGCAGCCCAACAGGAUGGCCCUGAAACGCCAGGGAGAGGACGUGAUCAACGUCAAAAUCACCCGCAAGAGGAAGAGCUCUGAGAUUGACAAGAAGAAAGGUUGGCACAGUAGGGCUAAACAGAGAGCAACACGCGAGCUCUCAUCUCAGGAAUGUUUAGGUUGGCGUAAAUGGCCAAACUAUGAUGAGGUGAACAACGAGAACCGAAGGAACACCAGAACCCGGAUGCAUUCUAAACUGGCUGUACAUCAAGAGGAGACCUCUCCGGCGAGGGGCAGUAAAGACCCGGACUCCAUUAAGCCCCAGGACUCCCAGUCCAGCCUUCGGAGCAGGAAAGAAGGAACGAUGCAGAAGAUCGGCGACUUCCUCCAGAGGUCCCCAACGUUUUUCGGUAGCAAGGCUAAAAAGAUAAUGGGAUUGGUGAGUGGGAAAUCCCCAGAGACGGAGGAGGGCGGGGCCUCCAUGAACUUCAGACCCAAGAAGUCCAAGAGGAAGCUUUACAGACCAGAGAUCUCCUCCCCUGUGGACUUCCCCUCCCACCCGAUCAUCAGUGGAAGUCCAGACGAGAGAGAGGGCGACCAUCUCAUCAUCAAGAGAAAACUCCGGACCAGGACGGCUAAAUGAGUUCUCUGUUCCACAGCAAGGAUGUCAUCCAUGCUGCUCUUAUGGUAACAGGGAAAUGAAAUAAUCGAUUUUGUUGGUGUAAUGAAGGAUAUGUUGAGUUAAAAAAAAAAAAAAACUUAAUAUCGGUUAGGUAGUUAUCAGUUUUUGUUUUCAUAUAGCCUUCAUUUAUCACUUUAAUUUAUAUUUGAUUUUAUUUCAAUAUAUUUUAUGUUGCACAUAGUGGGAUUAUUUCUUUCAUUUGUGUGAUUUAACACUAUCAUUUAUGGACCAAGUAUGUUUUAUUCUCAGUCCAGAACAUUUUGGUAAUGUACUCCUCUGAAGACGUCAACGAUAUUCAUGUAAAAAUAAACAAUGUUUUUUUUGUUGUGCAUAA